UUAGGCAUCGGAGCGGGACCCCCGGAAGGGUCCCUAGGUUUUGUUGUUUUGCAGAGUUAUUGAGAAGCGUGAAGAACAUCAAAGGAACGUGCAGAUUCACACCAUACCGGAAACUGUACCAACAGUUUGGCGCCGUCUGUGGGAAACGAUUAUUCGUUCCUCAUAAAAAAAAAGAAGAUCCAGCAUGGUGAUGAACACACGUUCCGGAAGCCAGACCAAUCGACAGCCCGUGGCCCCACAGGAACCGGCUAUUCAGAAUAAUUUGCAGCCUCCACCGAACCCUCCCCCGGGGGGUGGAGAUCAAGAUCGCAUAGCAGCGUUGGAAGCCCAGAUUGAAGACUUAAAUGCAGAAUUGUUACGCAUGAGGACGAGACAGCCCAAUCCCGAGAUGAACAGGGAUGAGCGUGAGGAAGAAGAUCACAAUAGCAACAUUAAUCCUCGGAGGGAGGAUGACCGUCAAGGAAAUCUGAGCAGAAUUAUUGCCGAGCUGGAGAGAAGGUGCACGGACAUGGAGAUGGAAAGAAAGGACAAAGGCAGAUCCGUAAUGGUGGACAAGCUCCUAAUGGGUACAGACUCACCCUUCACCAGACGGGUGGCAGACUAUCAGCUUCCCGAUAAGUUUAAGGUACCCCAAAUUCUAAGUUAUGCAGGAGACAGAGAUCCCUUGGAUCACCUAGAGAAUUUCAAAGCUCAUCUAGACCUUCACGGGACACCCGAUGAAGUAGCAUGUCGGGCCUUCCCUCUUACUCUUUCGGGGAAUGCCCGAGACUGGUUCAGGAAGCUGCCCCCGAAUUCCGUUGAUCAGUUCAAGGAAUUGUCCAAGAUAUUCCUAACGGAGUUCUUGGCUUUCCGGACAAGGAAGAAGCCUUCGGGAUAUUUGCUAUCAUUGCACCAGCAAGGCAAUGAGAGUCUUAAGGAGUUUAUGGCUCGGUUCAACCGAGAGAAGGCUACGGUCGAAGAUCCGACCGAGGAUAUGAUUUUUGCUGCCAUUUAUCAGGGAAUUUCACCCGAGGAGCCUUUGAUGAAGAAGUUGAUCCGGAAGCAACCGAGUACCUUGCAGGGCCUCAUGGAUAAGGUAGAAGAAUUCAUCAAUCAGGAAGAGACGCUGAAGUCUAUGGCCAGUUCUAGACUACCCCGAGAGACAGCCCCAGAAAAGAAAAGGAAAGAACUCAAGAAAGCUGAUUGGGAAGAGCAGAGGCAGGUAAAGAAGUUCAAAGAUUACAACUUUACACCUCUCAAUGCCGAGAUAUCAGAAGUCCUCAUGGAGAUCAAGAGAGAUCCGGCGUUUCGGGAACCACAAAAGAUACCAGAAGAAUUCAUAAAGAAUGGCAAGCUAGUUCGGUUCUUGGGAGAGCGACGGAACCAUCCAGGAAAUAACAGGCCUCGGAAUCAUCAGGACUAUCAGCCCCGAGAUCAACAGCCACGGGAUUAUUAUCCCCGAGACCGUCCUCAGCUAGACGAAAGGCCUCAAGAGAAUGCUCCCCGAGAUGACAUAGAAAGAAGAGAGGACCGAAGAAGCAGAAGCCCACAGCAUAGAGAGCCGAGGCAACAACAGUAUCUGCCCGUGAUCCCAUAAAAAGGACUCUCGGGAAUUUCAGGCUUGCUUUUAUUUUUUAGUAUUUAUAUUUGCAAAGAACUAGAAUUUUAUUUUUAAUUCAGACUAGACAGAAAAUUCCCCAGAUUUUGGGAAUAAGUAUUUUCAGAAUAAAUGAAUAAAGCUGACUUAAGCAUCGGAGUGUUCCCGGUCUAAGGACCAGGAACCCGUUGAUGUUGUUU